AUGUGUGGAUUUGAUAUGCAAAUGUGUGGUAUUGUGGAGGAUAAACUUGCCCUUCGUGACGAAGGGGCGGAGCUCACUGAGUCCACGUCCAUGGACUCAAUCAAUGAAUUUGACAUAGGUCCCCGUUUCGAUUCCCGGCCUUCCACGCUUCGUAGUUAA